AUGUCACGAACAACCGUUCUGCUCAUCGGAGCUGCGGGUGAGACCGGAGGUUCAAUCGCAGCUGGACUUCUUGAAUACCCAACCUACGAAAUUCACGCCCUUAUCCGACCCCGUUCUGCCCAGAAACCCGCAGUCCUCGCCCUGCAGGACAAGGGCGUUCACAUUCGCAAGUGCGACCUGAAAUCGUCAGAAGAGGAGCUCGAAAAAGCGCUCUCCGACAUCGAUGUCGUCAUCAGCUGUGUCGGAUCGGCUGAACAGCAGGACCAGAUUCCUAUCGCCAAUGCAGCGAAGAAGGCCGGUGUCAAACGAUUCAUUCCCUGCGGUUUCAUCACGGUUGCACCGCCAGGUGGGAUUAUGUGGCUGAGGGACGAGAAAGAAGCAGUUUACAACCACAUCAAGCAGCUCCGCCUUCCCUACACCAUUAUCGACAUUGGCUGGUGGUACCAACUCUCCUACCCCAGACUCGAGUCCGGAAAGGUCGACUAUGCCAUGACAGCAUCCAACAACGAAAUCGUCGGAGACGGCAACACACCCAUGGCUCUGACUGAUCUGAGGGACAUCGGGCGUUACGUCGCUAGAAUCAUUGCCGACGACCGCACAUUGAACAAGAUGAUCUUCGCGUACAACACAGUUCUGACGCAAAACGAAAUUUUCAACCUUCUAGAGGAGAUCAGUCAGGAGCAGAUUACUCGCAACUACAUUUCGGAGGAAUUGGUUCAGAACAGAGUACUUGCCGCCCGUCAAUCAAGCGAAACCUAUCCAUUCGAUCCCGUCAAAUUCAUCCCUCGGUAUCUUGCCGAAUACCAGCUCUCUUGGGGCAUCCGUGGAGACAACACUCCGGAAUAUGCCAAGUAUCUUGGUUACCAGUUGGCCAAGGAACUAUACCCCGAUUUUCAGCCUAUUGACUUCAAAGACUACCUUACCGAAGUCUACAAGGGAACAGCGAAGGGAAUCUACACAGACCGGACCAUCUCCAAAGCCCAGCAGCGCAUGUUCCCUCGAAGCGAGUCCACUGAUUCGCUGCAAGGACGAUUCUUCCCCAGAACCGAGUCUAGCGACUCUCUCUACAUGUCCCGAUAG